ACGUAAUCUGCUAAAUAGUCGAUCGGAAAUAAGAAUUUCGUAUCUCUUAUUUUUUUCCAACUUGCUAUUACAACUUAAAAAAAUUCGAAAUAUCGACCGUUAUACAAUUUGGUUAUUCGGCAUAUUGAACCCUACACAAAAGUUUUUGUCAAAUCAUAUAGUAUAACCGUGCGAUGCUGAUUCGCUGAUGUUUUUUUCUCAUCGACGAUGUAAUUUGAGAAAUACGCAAAAUUGUCUCGACCCAGCACAAUGUACACUCGAGAAAAAAGCAUUGUUGUCCCAUUACGAGACGCCGUCGUGUCUCGUCAGCGUGCACCACGAUUUAUUUACUCGUUUAAUUAGUAAAUAUGGGCGACAAGGAUGAGCCUCGUAUUUAAGGGCUAUGGCGACGUCAGUACGUCGUGAAGCUUCUCGGCUGUUUGGAUAAUGUCGAGAAACGAUCUUCCUCCUGUUAUUCUCUUCAACAAUAGAACAAUCAAGUUUUAUUUUUUCUCGUUCUUCGCUCUCUGCUCAGCUGAUGUUUGUCCCGAAAUUUGGAAUACCUGUUUCGUUUCAAAAUCACGUCAACAUAUCGAAAAUACGUCGAACCGGAUGAGUGAUAUCGAGGGCCGGAUUUCGAGAGUUGAAAGACGGUUACGGGCUGUUGAACAACCGGUUUGGGAAAUUCGGGGCUGGCCAGGAGAUUGGGAAAUAUGUGCCCAAGGACCGUGCAAAUGCAGACCCGAAACUAAAUCUAUUUCCUGCUGGAGAAACGAUCUUCUCGACGUACCGCCUUCGCAAUUGGUGCCUGAUGACACACUCAAACUUGACCUUGGGAGUAAUAAAUUGACUGCCCUGCAUCGAGAUACCUUUCGUGAUUUGACGCAACUGCAAGAUUUAGAUUUGAGCAACAACUUGAUAGAGCAUCUCUCACUGCAUUCGUUUCACUCGUUGCACAGCGUGACGCACUUGCGACUUAGUAAAAAUUUAUUGUGGGAAUUGCAGCCCACCCAAUUGCUGAGGAUGCGCAAUCUCCAUAUUUUCGACGUCUCCUCCAACAGACUUCGAUAUUUGCCGGAUGGCUUAUUUCUGACGAAUAAUUUUCUGCUCCUACUGGACUUUUCGGAUAAUCGACUGAGUUCACUGCCAAGCAGUGUAUUUCAAGGACUGAAAAACCUGGAGGAACUUCUACUGAGCAAAAAUCAUUUUUCAACUCUUCCACGAGAAGUAUUCCAUGAUCUUUGGAAUUUGAAGUGUAUACGUUUGGACGAAAAUGAACUUCGGGAAUUACCCGAUGGCAUUUUUCAAUCCCAAAUGAAUCUCGAACAGCUGGAUCUUCGAGAUAAUCGUCUCAUCAGAAUAUCUAAUGGGCUGUUGACGUCGAUGAAAAAUUUGAUCGAUCUCAACCUCUCUAAUAACAAGAUAUCGCACAUUGAUUCAGAUGCCUUGAAAGGAUUGUCUUCUCUGAAAGAGCUACGACUGGGGAAGAACAAUCUAAAAUCGAUACCAAAAAGAUUGUUUCUCGAUGCGUCAGUGCUACAGCAAUUAAUUCUCUAUGCAAACGUAAUUGAGACUCUGUCGAUGAAUGAUUUUUCUGGAUUGACGAACCUGACGACGCUUUUCCUUCAUUCCAAUCGGCUGAGAAUUCUCCAUCCUGAAGUAUUCAAUCACGUUCCAAAUUUGCAGAAAUUGCAGCUCGAGGACAAUUAUUUAUCGUAUUUACCACCGAGAAUAUUAGACGGUUUAAAAUCAAUACAACAGCUGCGGCUAUCGCGUAAUCCAUGGCAUUGCGAUUGUGGAGCAGCUUAUCUGGCCAUGUGGUUGCAAAAAAAGUAUCUCACCCAGUCGAACGUGACUCACGAAAUUUCGACCUCUGGAGCGUCAACAAAUUUUUGGGAAUUCGGUGGCGGCGCAAUAUGCAGAGGACCCUCGACUCUUGGAGGAAGGCUCCUCGUUCAACUAACGUUUCAUGAGCUUUGCCAGGGUCAGUGGGCCUCCAUGAAAGGUCUCUCUCCAAGGCUUCCAGUCGAAUCACUUGGUCUUGUGACACCAUUUGCUUGAUAAAAAUGAAUAAACGCACAUGUCAAAUGUGAGUCGAGCGA